AUGUAACUAUCAACAUAUUUGAUUACUGCAUGUCAGAUUAAGAAAAAUAUGAAUGAGAUUGACAGUGAACUGGUGAAUUUACGUUCCAAUUUAUCUUAGAUAAAUGGAUCAUAUGCUGAGAUUGACAACACUCUCAAGUUUAAAUGGAAGGAGAUCAAAAAGUUAGAUACACUCGAAAGAGAUCUCAACAAACUCAGAUAUCUGUCAGAACUGCCUAAUAUGUUCAAACUAGCAAUAUCUAAAUAUGAAGCUAAGCAAGAGGGGAUAAGCGCAUUCAAGGAACCUCUCAGAUAUUUUGAAGACUACUCAGAUGUGCUAAGCAAUUACAAGCAGACUUUCUUACUAAGCAAGGCCUUAGAAUAGAAUCUUUAAGGUUCUGACAUUUCUACAGAGGAAGAAUCCAAGUUGAUUAUAAAGCACUUGAUCACAUUAGGUGAGGAGAAAUCUCAUCUUAAAAACCUUUUCUUGAAAACUAAGGCCUAAAACAUCAAGAAAAAGCUAUCGCUGAUUACUUCAGCCAAGAGAACAAAAGAGGUUAACUACGAAGUUUAUCUUAAAGUUAAAACUGAUGAAGAUUUAAGCAAAAUGGAGAGAAUAUCAGAGGGGGUAUUUGAUUAACUUCAGGCUGAAGUUGAGUAAGAGAUCAAUCAAAGAAAAAGUGCGAUACUCCAACAGAACUUUGAUAAGAACAUUAUCAAGCAAAAUUUUAGACUCAAGAAUGCUUUGGAUAUUACUGAUAUCAAAUUUAGCUAGGUAAAAGAAGGAACUUGCAUCUAAGUCAUCUUAAGGGUAUCCAAAGAAAUAUCAAGUUAUAUCUUGAACUCAAUAGAUGAUUAUUAAAACCUCUUCUUCUUUGAUAAGGAGGCUAAGAGAGUGACUGAAGCACCAUUGAAAGAUUCAGAAGAAAAAGAAUAUAAGAAGUUCAUCAAUAGCUUGCUACAGCCAUAUACAGAAGAAAUUAGAGCAAUAAUGAAAUAGAGUGAUAUUGAUCCUGAUACACUUGGAGAAGCACUUAAGAUAAUUUAUAAAGACUUUUAGGACAUCAGUAAAAGACUAUCCAAUCUAAGGACUCUUGCAGUUAUGGAUUAAGCCAAGAGAUUGGUCGAGGAAUCAAUUAGAAAGUAGCUAGGCUCUCAGAUAUCUCAAUUAGAAUAAAGAUUGUUCAGAAAUAUCGAUAACAUAAACAGCUAAUGCUAGGGGUAGAACAAAGUAAAUAUUCUGUAAAUUCAAGAGAUGGUAUAGUCUUCAUUUAACUAUCUUAUGAACGACAUCUCUUUAACAAUAUACCAGUUUAAGGUACUGCUUAAUUACCGUAAUUCCUUCAUGAAGGAGACCUAAAUGCUCUCUAUCAAUAUCUUCUAAAGUUUGCAGAAUCUGUUUGAGCUCUGGCAAAAGAUCAAUCUAGCAAUGGUAAACUAAGUUCACUCCUAAAUAAACAACCCUAGUCAAUAAUCCCUCCCUAAUGACACUAAAGGGGACAUCCAAAUAGAUGAUUAUAAACUGAGGGAGUAAGAACUUCUCGAAGUUGCUGAAAAGAUAACUGUCAAUGGAUACUCUAUUAUAGCUUAUAUGAAUAUCUCAAUGAAACUGGAGUCAUUUGGAAUUCAGGAAAUAUAUCAAAUAAUCUACAGUAUGUUCAAUGAUGAUGAGUACAGCGGCAAUCAGUCUAGCAGAAGUAACUAUUAAAGUGGAUAUAAUGAUGGCUGGACUUUAUUCGAAACUGAGAUCUUACCUAUGCUCCAAGAUAUGAUGGCUUAGCUAUCAAGAAUACUAAGGAAGAAAUACUGUCUAUACUUUUCUGAGAAAGUAAACUUUUAAAUUAGAAAGUACUUCAAAUCUCAUAACUGGCUUGAUAUGGUUGAACCCAGAGACAUCAAGAAUGAGUUUUUUGAAAUUUGCAAAAGUAUUUAUUAGGCUAACCAAUGCUUAGAUCUAUUGUUCGGUUCAACAAAUUAAUUACAACAGAAAAAGACUAUCAAGCAAAGUAAUUAGCUUUAAACUCAGCUUAAAAAGCCAGAACUACUUGUUAAGCCAAAGAAAUUUAAUGCUAUGGAGAUGGAAAUGGAUAAAUUCUUAGCUAAAAAACAUUAAAUCUAUCAGAAUAAUGAUUUGUAAAGAUAUGUGCUAAUGACCAAUAUCAUUCACAUCGUACUUAAAUCUUUAUAUGAAAAUGUAAGAUAUCAAAGAUUCAAUAUAUUUGGCUAUUAACAAGUUCAAACUGACCUCUAUUUCUUAUUUACCACUGUUUCCUAAGUAUUGCCUAAUGAAGAAAAUAAGUAAUUUUUUAAUUUUUAUGGCUUAAUAGUAUUUUGA